GAGUCUAUUCAUGUCCUUGAUCUGCAUUAACGACUACAUCGAGGACGAAUACAUGUGCAUCUAAGGGUCAUUUCUCUAAACCAGCGGAGAUAUAUAUCUGCUAUUUCGAAACUUAUACUACAAACAUGGCUUCCUCACCACAGCAGCCAACACCUCAUAGGCCCUCGGCCUCGAAUGCAAAUGCUCAUCCCAGGCCUGUCACUCCAUAUGAUAGAGAAAUGCCUACCGCAAAUGAGCUUAUGGAAAUUGGAAGCAGGUCAUUGCAAGUCGGAGUUAUAGCCGGCGGUGCUGGCUUGGUGAUUGGAGCUGGUUCUGGUAUUCUUCGAUCAGCGCCACCAGCGUUAUUUGCAAUAGUUGCUAGUCUGCAAUGGUUCGCUCUCGGGUCAACUUAUACAGCUUCAAAACACCUUCUUUGGCAUGCCUGGGGUGGCAGGGAAAACCUCACUACGUCAGAUGUAGUGAAGUCAAACGGCGUAGCUGGCGGGGUGGCUGGGAUGAUCGGUGGCAUGUUUCGAGGCCCUAAGAAUAUCCUACCCGGAAUGCUAGUUUUUGGUACCCUUGGAGCCGCCGGUGGAUAUGCGGCCGAACUCUUUCGGGGCCGGUCGAAAGGCGAUUCCAAGGCCAAGUCGAGUUGGCUUGAUUCAAAAUGGAGUCCCAUGAAGCGAUUGACAGACAAAGAGUAUGAGGAAAUGCUCGAAGAGAAAAUCCUCCGGAUAAACGCCGAAAUCUCUAUUAUUGACGAUAACAUUGCUUCUCUUCGAGCAUCAAAUGGUGCAUCAACCAAGUCGGACGAGGGAAAAAAGAGCAAAUGAGAACUUUCAAGAGUAUUAACUAUCCCGGGAAGAAUUUGGCGCUGGAAGAUGUGGAAGUGAGACAGCCUAGCGGCAAGCAUCUUGUCGACCCCAGCCACCUACGUGAGACAAUAACAUCAUAUCCUCUGA